GCUGAUGUUGACCAGUGAUUCCUGGUGCCACAAUGAUGGUUUAUUAUCAAAGCUGGUCCAACGUGUCACCAAGUCCAGAGGCUGAUUCACAGAGCUGCAUGCACGCACAAUAAAUCCAGAUUGCACGUGUUCGUGUUUAUAUUUCGAUCGGAUGAAAUGCAUUCUAAUCAUUAGGAAUAAUACGAUUAAAUAUGACAAAGAAACAGUUGUAGUAGAUGAUUCUGGAUGCAAACAGCUGGGUGUUGUCUCUCUAAAAGCAUGACACUGUGAACUUUUUUUUGUAGCUUCAUGAGGGAAAUCUUCAAUCAGGAUUCAGAGCUGCUUUGAGGUUUUUUUUUUCUCGGCAUGGCGCAGCAUCCGGAGCUCAUAAACCAUACCAACAGUGCCAAUCCGGUUUACGUGUCCAAACCCUGAGGGAUAUGAUAGAACAGGAUCGGAGGUGUUUGUGCACUUCUACAGAAUGAGGUCGACAGGCUGAUUUUAAGACACCAGGUGAGUUCUGGACGUGUCAAAUUAUCCAUCCUUAGGAGCCAGUGAAGGUUCCAUAAACUCUGUGUUUUGAGCCCGAAAAAAAUUUACGGAGAGUAGGUUAAGAAUGCCGCACUGUGUACUACUUCAGUUUCUCUUGUUGGUUGGCGCAUGUUUCUCCACUUGGGCUGCCCCACUGAAGAGCACCCGUCACCGCAGGAAAGGCGAUGUGAUGGAACAGAGCAACAAUCAAAAGACACCAGUGAACAUCCAGCAAAACAGCAUGAUGACGAGAUGUGUAUAAUCUCCUCCUUAGACCUGGCCUCGUCCACUCUUGUGCAAGAACCUCAACAAACAGCAAAUGUCUUAUACAAAGCCAAGCUUGAAGAGAUGACGAUUGCGGGGACAGAUGCCAUCCCGGGACAUGUGAGACAGAUUGAGUUGUUUGAGAGAAAUGUAAAAUCCUAUACACAAUACUAUAAAGAGAGCACUGAAACUACUGAUCUAACUGAAGAAAAGAAUCAGAAGCCUUCACCUCCAUCUCCAUAUGUAUCUCUUCCUCUUGUGGACCAUAUAGUGGGACCUGAAAAUACGGAGAAGGAGCAAACCACAUUUCCUGAGAAUUAUGCUGAACAGAGAGUAGCACCAUCUAUAUUGCCAAUACACCUGAGGACAGACAGACCUACACAGCCACAAAUUACACUUGGACACAGUGACUACAUCAGCUUACGUUAUAGUGAUGCAGAGGAAGCUGUACAGCCUCUAACAAAACCCCAGCCUGUGAAACAGAAGGGAGGAAGAGAGGUAAAGACAACUAAGAGCCAGUUUGAGCUAAAGAGUCCGAGAGGAAUCUUGACUGAAUCCCCAUUCUCUGCCCAUGCCUCUGUGAGCCAGUCUCCUAGAUACAUCAACCCUGCUGUUACAGCUCUUACCAUUACAGACAGUUAUGAUGGACAGACUGGAGGAUCUACACAAGACAAAGACAGAGUAGCCGAGGUAAACUUUUUUACAGCUGCAGAACAAGAUAAAGUAUUGGUACCUGGACUACUUCAGCCAGACCUGACGCUCAGUUCCAGACUGGCAGAUCCUGGAGACACCUGGACAGAGCCUGUUCGUUUACAAGGAGUAGAAGAAGCGAGUGUCUUGCCCUUAUUACAGGAAAUGGGCACAGAGGCAACCAUGUCAUCUGAAGACCUCCCUUUGAUCUUUGAUCCAUUUGAUGAUGUCAGACCAUCCACUAGUUCGGCUCUGGCAUCUGAGCUCUCUGUCGCCAUGGUGCCCGCAACGGGGAUGCUUGGGGAGACAGAGCUAGAGCAAACACUCUCUAUGGAUACAGACAACAGUCCUCAUCAGUCAUUUCCAGGCCCUUCGGAUUGGCCUUCACCAUGGCAGAUGUCAGGUGCCGAGACCUCGGAUACUGUCUUGUCAUCUCAAACGGCAAUCAGUGGGCCUUUCUCUGAUCCAGACGUGGAGCAUAAUGAGAGGACGGAGGCACUACAGCAUACAGAUGUCCUCACAACAUCUGUGAAUGCUCUUCAUUUGUCACCUUCUCCUGUGUCAGCCACCACUCAGAAAGGAGCAGACAUCAAGUCAACCCACUCUGCAGUUUUAAAGCCAGUGUCAGGGCUGGAGGAACUGGAAUCACAAGAGAACGAUGAUGAAGAGGAUGAUUAUGCAGAUGAAUCUGAGGAGGAGGAAGAGGAGAGUGAGGAAGAGUUAACCGAGGUUCCUGUGCAUUCUCCUACACGUCCUCCUUACAUCCUCAUACCUCCUCCUCCGGUCUGGGGGCAAAGGAACCAAGGCCUCAUCCGCAGCUGGGUUAAGCUGAUCCGAGACAAGGCUGGCUAUGUUUCCGGGAUGUUGGCACCUGUGGGCAUUGGUAUAGCUGGAGCACUCCUUAUUGUUGGAGCACUUUAUGGUAUCAGGAUUAUCCAUCGCAAGAGGAAGAACAGUCUAAAACACCAGAGGAGAAAGCAACCUACAGAAGUCAGAAGUGGACAAGAUCAAGCGAUGCUACUAGCCGAUAGCUCCGAAGAUGAAUUUUAAAUCACUCAAUGGCAAAUCACAGUCGCCAUGUAGGUCAUUAAAAAAAGCCUCCGCAAACUCACAAUACUACAUGUCCUAAAAACACGUUUGAAAAGUUUGGGAAGGUAAUAUCAUACUCAUCAAAUACAUGUUUAUUAAAGCAUAUUUUACACUUAUCUAAUGUCAAUCAAACAUUAGCAGAUUUCUACUGGUUAAUAUCUCUGCAUAUAAUUGAAUUGCACCAGUUUGGCUAAAAAUGUAGUCUAUUUGGUUUUUAAAAUUAAUUCUUGAUCAGCCAAGAAAUGCCCUCAGGGCUUCAGCAAUUUUUUUGCCCUAUAAUCAGGAGCCAUUGUCCAAAAACCAGAUUUGCCCAUGCGGAGGAAAGAAUAGCGUACUAUCUUUUCCCUUUCAGUCACCAGCCGAUUCAUGCCAUCUGUCAAUCAAGUAUUGAGCAUCAGCAGUACAAGCAAAAACGUGAUAUUACCGAUAUUAUACAUAGGGAGAUAUUCAGUUGAUAAUACAUUUCUAUUUGGAUUUGUGUAUUUUUCUGAUUUAUGAAAACAUGUUUAUACAGUAUAUAGAUAGAUUUACCUAGAUAAAUUUUAAAGCAAAUCUGUCUUUAACUUGUUGACAUAGAUAGCUCACUUACAAACAGGAAGCUGGAAGUUUUGCUUAAUUUUUCAGCUACGUAUGUCUUUUCAAAUUCAGUCAGGUUGAAAAGCCUUUCAAUGUAUAAAUUAUGAAACUUGUUUAAUUUUUGGAUAGUCUUAAAUAUGCCUGUUUUUUCCAUUUAUGGAUUAAUGCAUGACAUUCUGACUACAUUCCAAAAAAAAAUUUUUAAUAAAAUUAUUAUGCAUUAUUUUGCCCCUAGAUUUCAAAGUGCUUCUGUGUCCUACAGUGCCAAAAUUGAUCAAAAGGACUUAACUAAAAUUAGCAGUUUGAUUAGCAGUUUAAUCUGUUGUUAUGACUGCAUGCAUUAAACAGCAAAAACACACAAAAUAAAGUUAAUAUUAAACUCUUAUAGAAAUUACCUUAGAACCAUAGUUGCGUUGCAAACUGACAGCUAGUUAGCUGCUAAAACAAUAAUUAGCUAGCAGCGUUAGCAAAGGCAUGUGAGGCUGAUCUUAAAUCUUAAUCUUUAUUACUGGAUAAAUAGGAAAAUCCUUUCUUUUCUUGUAAUUUAUCAUUUAUCUAAUCGAAUAUUUCCUACAAUAAUGAUGAGUAACACUUUUCAUGUGAAAAGCUGCUCAAUAAAGGUGUCCUGGAUGAACAGAUACAUUUGAGGUAAUGAGAAAAAUCUGUUGUGUAUUAUUUUUUUGGCCAAACUGCUCCUUGUAUAUUCUUGGAAUUGUGUAGAUUUCAUUUUCCUAUUUAUGAAUACCGACUGCAGUCAUAUUGUAUUUAGAAUAGAUUAAAUCCAUUUGUGUGCAGAGCUCUUGUAGAGAAAAUCUACACCAUUUUCAAAAUGAAAAUGUUAAUUAUUCUUUUUUUUUUUUUUAAUGCAGCUGCUUAUGUAAUGGUAAUACAGUUUGCUAAUAAAAAAGCACUGGAUCAUCAUGAAAAUAAACAGAAUACACUCUGUUUACUGUAGCCAACUUUCAGAAAGUAAACACAUGCGCCAUUAAUGCAUACAAUUAAGAACUGUAUAUAGUACAUGAUACAUGUUUGUGCCUAAAGUAUACACUGUACUGUACAAGAUUUAUUGCUGUAUUAUUGCUAAUUAUUGUUGACAACUCUUAAAUUUAACGUAUUGUUCCAAUGCCUUUGUGACAAUCUAACAAAUUGCACUUAUAGUUAUAAACAUUGCCUGUGUUUAAGCGUUAUUUCUGUUGUCAUAAUGACUAAUUUUUGUGUCUGUUACAUUAAAGGACUCAAGAGUAAAAAUAUAUGGGUUGCUGAUUUAUGAUUUAUAUAAUAUUUGUUGUUCCAUCUUUUUGAAAACUAGAGAUUUGUUCAUUUGUGAUGUAAAACUGUAGAAAAUGAAUGGUACAUUUAAAUUUGACUGCCCUUUUGUGCUUAUUACAAUUAACCAAAUAGAUCAGGUUUUCUUUUGACUGACAAAAAAUGUGAAUGGAAAUGGAAAAGCAUGAUAUGCCAUAUUAACCCCAGCUUUACAGAAUCAUGAUGACAUGAGUAAAUAUCUAUAACAACCCAUAAAUUCUACAUACUAAUCAAAUACUGUACUAUUCAAUGGCUCAUUGCUUGGAUAAGGUAGGAUUUCUUCUGUUCAAAUACAUCCAUGAUGAAGAAUUCAAAAGUAUUGGGUCUUCAUGACCUUCUUAUUUAAUAUAGUAGUAGUAUUGAAUAUCUGUGUAAUAAUCAGAUUUGUUUUUUAAUUUGUGUUAUUAAUUCUUAUACUUUCUUCAUUUCUACAGCCUUGAUCAUAGUUAAAAUUAUUACAUAAAUUCAGCAUUACACCACACAGAUUUUGACAUAACACUGGAUGUUGUGAAGCCGAAAACAAACCAGGUUCCUUUUAUUAUGCAUGCAAGACUUGUCAAGGUCUCAGGCUGCAAAUAAUUUAAGACCAUAAAAUAAACUUCUUUAACAGAUGUUAAUGGGAAGCAAUUAUGCAAUAAUGUGGUUUUAUUAUUCAUGUUCACCAGAACAAGUUGCGUCUGAAAGUUUAGAAGUUUUGAUUGGCUUGCAUUGUAUUGUCACUGAGAACAGUAAAACUGUACUGUAUUAUACAAGUGUUAAAUUUUAAGGCUGUAGUUGACAAGAUUAGUGAUUAGGCCACUCAAUGUUCCACUCCAUAUCUUUAUGGAAAUUAGUUUUUGCACAAAGGCAUUGCCAUGCUGGACCAGGUUUCCCCAAGUCAGGUGUCCCAAAACUUUUGUGUCUAAAAGGUGUCUAAUGGUGUGCUAUUUCCACCACUGUAAUUAAACCAGAAAACUGUGAUCAUUCAUAUAUUCUAUACAUCACCUGCUAUUUUACAUAGAGACUAGAAUUUAACAUGAUGGAAAACUGAAGUGCUAGAUAAGACUGACUAGAUGCUGUAGUCAGGUGCAGAUUGCACUCCGAUAUGAAAAUUAGUUUUUAAGUUGCAAAUUGCAAUAAAAUAUAUUGCUGGACGUGAAAAACGUCUCUGCUCAGAGCUUCUCUGCUUCAGUUUCAAUGGUAACACUCUGACUCAGGGUUCUUAGUGGUGUUGUUGGAGUGCUGUGCUCUGCCUGUGGAUCAAAAUAGUGCAAUGUACUGUUAUGAGGAGUUACUUCGAGUUAUAGAUUAAUUAUGUCUUCAAUUUCACAAUAGUACAGUGUAAUUUCAUGUAAUACUAUUCCAUAUUCAGACAGCUUUUAUUUAAAUGUAGUGAAAUUAAAGCUGUAAACAGUUAAACUGAUCCCCACUUUACUUCUCUUCCCUUCUACUUGCUCUCCACAUGCAGUAAAUUCUCAUUUUUCUAAUCUCCCCAAUCUUCAUCCUGAAGAUGCCAUUUUAACUUGGCAUUAACUGCAUUUUAAACUACACAAUCCACAAAAUUUGUAAAAUAACCUUCCAUUUUCAAUUGUGUGACCUAAUCUAAUAUGAAGAUAUUCAUCAUAUAUUCAUUAUAUUAUUUCUAUAUUUUUAAAGAAAUUUUUAUAUAAAAACACGCCACCAAUCCGGUGCAUAAGGCAAGACAGAAAAAUACUCUUACUGUUGAUGACAGUUGGCAGACAUAAUAACAAGAAUAAUUCACAGGAUGCAUAAGUAGGUUAAGGCAGUCUGGUUGUACAUGAUUUCAAAGAAUACAAAUACCACACUGUCCAAUGUUUUGACCAUUUUUGAGAUUUGUAAUAACACCAACCCUCCAGCUAAAUUGUUUCUUUGUCUGUUUUUCAUUCAAACUUUAAAAAGCUUGAAUCUGAUGAAUUUCCUGGAAUAGCAGCUCUGACAGUCAUGUUGACUGCAAUUCAAAUCAUGUGUUUAUAUUAACACGCACGUUCUAACUUUAUAUUCUUUUCUGUAGUAAAAAAAACCCUCCUUCAGAGACUUGUAUAAAGGAGCUUGACAUUGGUUAUGGCAAAUAAAAUACUUAAGACUAUAAACUUUUAUAUGUUGAAUUUUCUGUAAGGAGAUUUUUUACAUCUCAGGUGCAUUUUUGAAAGGUUUUUUCCCAUAGCAGAAUACUCCGAUCAUGAACUGCAGAGAUCCUGUGCAAAUUGCAUGAACAAUGGCACAUUUUGUUUACUUUAAAUAUUAAUCGACUAAUUUAUGUAACACACUAAAAUGAGAUUAUCUGUCUAUGAUGUGAUGCGUUAAUUGUUUCCUAAAAUUUCUUCCAGCGGCACAAAUUCAGCAAGUGUUUUGUCAGCUAGUAGCUGGUUUUAUUUUUGUUAAAGAAAGAUUUUAAUGUUAGAAAAUCCUUUGAAAAGUUCACAGAAAACCUACACACUCCCUAAGCAGGCACAAACUAUUCAAACUUGUCACAUCUGUGCAUAUGAGCAUCAGUACCACAUUAAAGAGCUCUAAAAAUUGAUUGUUUAUUACCCACAUAUUUACUCUUAUAAUUAAUUAACUGCCUUUGUAGCCCAACAAAUGAUGCUUGAUGCAAAUAAAGUUUUAGGAGAACUGGAACUCUUCCACUCAUGUAGAAAUCACAUAUCAGCUUCACCAAUAGGUACAUUACUAGAACACACUGCUCACAGCAAACCCCAAUACAUUCAAACACACAUUACACUACAUAAAAUCCUCUGUUUAAAUCACUGUAUAAGAAUAAACAUGGCAGAAAAA